AUGAUUGGUAGCGGAAAAUUCUCUCUUAAUUGUCAAGUGCUAAGAAUAAUAGCAGCAAUAUUUGUCUGCUUGAUAGCAACGGUUGUGGCAAUUAACGUUCCUAAUCCUAAUUAUGCCGAUGCAUUAACAAAGAGUAUUCUCUUCUUCGAGGGACAAAGGUCUGGUAAAUUACCCCCUAACCAACGGAUGACUUGGAGAAAAGAUUCUGCUCUUCUUGAUGGAGCUGACAAGGGUGUGGAUUUGGUAGGUGGGUACUAUGAUGCUGGUGACAAUGUCAAGUUCCACUUUCCAAUGGCUUUUACAACGACCAUGUUGGCUUGGAGUGUCGAGCAGUUUAAAAAUUCAAUGGGACCAGACUUGCAACAUGCCAUGGAGGCUAUCAGGUGGUCCACGGAUUAUUUCUUAAAGGCCACAAACAUUCCCAACGUGGUUUUUGCACAAGUAGGUAAUGCGGAGGGCGAUCACAACUGUUGGGAAAGGCCUGAAGAUAUGGACACUCCUCGUACUGCUUUUGCAGUUACUGCACAAGCUCCUGGUUCUGAAGUUUCUGCUGAAAUUGCUGCUGCUCUAGCUGCUGCCUCUGUGGUUUUUAAACCUACUGAUCCCGCAUAUUUCAAAUUGCUUAUCAACAGAGCUGUUCAGGUUUUUGAAUUUGCAGAUAAAUACAGGGGAUCUUACAAUGAUCACAUAGGAUCAUGGGUGUGCCCAUUCUAUUGUGAUUACAAUGGGUACAAAGAUGAAUUGCUUUGGGCUGCAGCGUGGCUCCUCAAAGCUACAAGAAAGCCUAUGUAUUGGAUCUACGUUAAGCAAAACAUAAUAAACUUCAAAUCAGACAUGGAAAGCGGCUUAUCAGAAUUCGGAUGGGAUGCCAAGCAUGCUGGUAUCAAUGUGCUUAUCUCCAAGUUUGUUCUCGAUAACCCUUCAAAUGCUAACCCCUUCCUUCCAUACGCUGAUACAUUCGUCUGCAGUGUAUUGCCUGAAUCUCCCACCAAUACAGUCAGAUACACUCCAGGUGGACUCAUGUACAAAUCAGGGAUUUGUAAUAUGCAAAAUCCAACAGCUCUGUCAUUUCUACUUCUUACCUAUGCACGCUACAUGAAGAGCAGAGUCAUUCGCUGUGGCAACAUUGAUGUAACUCAAAAGAUGCUAAUUCGUUUUGCAAGAAGCCAGGUGAAUUAUAUUCUUGGGAUAAAUCCAAUGAACAUGUCAUACAUGGUUGGAUUUGGAACAACAUUUCCUCAAAGAAUACACCAUAGAGGGGCUUCAUUGCCAUCUAUCGAUCAACAUCCAGAGAAGAUGGGAUGUAAAGAAGGGACACCAUAUUUCCUCAGUGAAAAUCCAAAUCCCAACUUGCAUAUAGGGGCAGUGGUUGGAGGACCUGAUAUCAACGAUUAUUUUGUUGAUUCUAGACCUAAUGCUGCCCAGUCAGAACCAACUACAUAUGUAAAUGCACCACUUGUUGGCCUCUUAGCUUAUUUUAAAGCACAUCCCUAG